AUGAUGAAGUCCUUCGUCAAAAUAGAAAACUGCUUUUUUGUUAGUUGUCGCAGAACUAUAAGAGCAAUCAAGUUCAUUUACAUAUAUAUCAUGGCUAGAAUUUCAGAACUUUAAUCAAACUACAAGUCAACGCAUUCUCCGAGUGUUUAUGGGGACCCAAACUUCAUAUUGAAUGAAAACUAGAUCAUUAACUUUUCAUCUCCAACAUUGCUAAUGUACAUUCCUUAAUAGUUUUAUGUGUUAUCAAAUAAAAGUUGUUACUUAAUCUAUCAAUCAUUCAAGAUCAUAUUUGAAAUAAAAAAUGGAGGUUGCUUCGAGUUGUAAAAGAUAGCAUAAUCUCCACUUUAACUCAAGUAUAAAUUUGUGAAGGCUAAAUUAUCAUUAAGUAAUGGAUCAUAAGAUAGUAUCCAACUUGAAACAUAUUUAGUUAUAGGAUCCCCUCCAUUCACUGUCAGAAUCGACAUCUUGAAUAAAGUAGUCCAAAUCUGGUUCUGUAAAUAUAAUUGGAAACUGCUUGUCUGGCUAAGUUACUCUUAUACUCAGGACUUAGUAAAGAUAGAGAUUAACAAAAAACCAGUUUUUUAUUUACUCUGA